GCCCUCCCAUGGACGUGUAAUUCUCGUUGUUGAUUCUGUCAAAGAGACUGAAAUAACGUCUGCUCCAUAAAAAUAAUAGUCCGAAUCGCGCCAUGCCUGAGGCGAGCCCUGAAGAUGAUGACGGGUUUCAGACCCAGUUCACACACAUUAUGGAAACAAUAUUACUGACUGCUGUCAGGGAAGCGACAAAACUUUAUGAGGGCACUUUGAAGCGCUUGAAAGCGGAAUUGGUGCAGCUGAAACAAGAGAAUGUCAAAACGAGGACAGGUGAUUCAUCCAGCCAAGACACAAAGAAAUUCACUGAAUAUGGGAGUCAGAGGAAUGCAAAUGUCCCUAAACAUCGUGAUAUUGGCGUGCAGUGCGAAAAGCCCAUUUUGGUUGACCAGGGAUGCAGCCCUCCUCAGUUUAUAGGGCAACAUCUUAGUGUGGGAGACAUUACAAGUGAUAAACUCACAGAUCUUUGUGCCAGUGAGGAUGGGAGACAGCUUGCAUUGCUCCUCAUCAAACAAGAGCCUCAUGAGACUAAAUGCGACAACUACGCACCAGGAUACUUUCUGCUGAAGCAAGAAGGUGCUGAGCCGAUACUGGUGCGCAGAGAGCCAAAUAAGGACACCGUGGAAAGGGUUGUGAUCCCACCAUCAUUUCAAACAAUAACCAGGCAUCACAGCAACAUUAGAGAAAAGUCUCCACCAUCAGUGAUUCCUUCCUCCUGUAGUCGUAGAGUGGAUUCCUGUAGUAACAAACCUAAUCAGAUUAUACAAUCCAUCCAAGGUACAUCUAAAAGAACAUUAGAAAUCAAUGAAGACGUGUCUUCCCAAACCAAAAGACAAAAUGUCAGUGCACCAGCACAGACAUCCUCUACUUCUGUACUUGCUAAUUCAGCCCCGACUCCUGCUCCUACUGUUAACGUGUCUGUGCCAAUGAUCGAGCUGUCUGGUGCUCCAUCAAUUCCUCAAGUCAAGUCAAUGGCAUCAUCAGUUCACCGACGCCCAAACCCAAAUCCUCAAACAUCUUACCAGACAGUAGUCCCUCAGAAAGUGGGGUCAAAUAUCUGUCAUCCACUUCAAAACACGUUUAUUUCCCCUGUUCCUCCAAACCAAGUCUUGCCUCAUUCCUCCAAACAAUGGCCUCAGGCAUUGGUUAAAAAUACAGAAAAAAGUAUUUCAACCAUUUCCUUGCUAAACCAAGCCACUGAACCAUUAACCCAAUCUCAGCUUAUACCAUUAUUUCCACCACAAACCAUCAAAACACCAGACCAGGAGGUUCCCCCACAAGUACAUGCUGCCAUGCCAUCAGGCCAUAUUUCUGUCUCACCAAAUACACCUUCAGUAGUUCAGGAUCGGAUUCUCUCAGCCAGCCUUGUUCCACCUCAAACCAAAGUUUUUGCAUCUCUACAAGAAAUACCAGCACAUUCUGCGACUUCAAGAUCAUCAUUCCAGUUCCCUUUGGUGCUCCCACAUAAUCCGACUCAACCGACACCACCUUCUUACCUUCCAACACCCAUUCCAUUUACUUCUCCUCUCCUUCCGGUUAAUGCAAUUCAGGGAUCUGUCUCCCUAAACCCACCUCAACCUCCACCUCCACUUAAACAUUCUCAAUAUCCAAUCCAAUCCAACCAGUUCUCCUGUUCUUCAGAACAGAUGUUUCCUCCACCCGACAAUACACCAAGUUUGCUUGAAUCUCUUGAAACUUUACAUUUGCACUCGUCCAUUGUGAUGACUCCACAAGAGGCCCCGGAGGAGGCACCCAUGAACCAUUUUCCACCAUCUGGGCAGCUUGCGCCUCUGCUGACACUUAAGGAGCAACAAGCUGCCGCUUCCGCUAAUGUUGUUUUAGACCGAGUGCCAAGUCUAUCUUCAGAGACAUCUGUGUCCCCAGUGGACAACUUUGAAGGAGACGUACCACCUUCUCCAUGUUUCAGUGCAGAAACCACAGAUAUAAAUGAUAAAGACUUGUCGGAUGAUGAAGACACUCCCACACUCCAGUCUAGACUGAGAAAACAGAGAAAGAUGUUCUCUAAAUCCAGACAAGGUGAGGACGGCACAGCUAUGGUCAGUGAUAAGAGAGUGGAUCGGGCGCAGAACAACUUGAUUAGUGAAACACCCCGUUCUGGCUCCAAUAGCGAAAGUCACGUCUUAUCGAAACCUUCGAGUAAAACUUUGCAGAAAAGUACUGAGUGUCUCGAGUGUGGAAGGGUCCUCAGCAACGCGUCUGCCUUGGAGAACCACAUGAGACUUCAUACAGGAGAGAGACCUUAUACCUGCUCCCAGUGUGGAAAGUCAUUCCCUAGUGUGAGAGGCCUUAACCGGCACAUGAAGGUCCAUGCAGAGGAGAAACGGUAUCAGUGUGAACAAUGUGGGAAGAGUUUUGUGUACCACUUUACCCUUACCAAACAUCAGCUCAUUCACUCAGGAGAAAGGCCUUUUCCUUGUAAGGUUUGUGGAAAGAGGUUUUUGGCCAAGGCAGACCGGUCUACCCAUAUGCGCAUGCACACCGGAGAGAAGCCAUUCUCGUGCACGCUGUGUGGGAAGAAGUUUAAACAUAGGGUUGCUCUGAAUAUGCAUAUGCAGGGGCAUAGAGGAGAGAAACGCUACAUUUGCCCCCACUGUGAAAAAGGAUUUGUGGAUCUAGGUAACUUCAAAAGACACAAGCUCAUCCAUACAGGGGAAAGGCCGUUUGAGUGCAAAGAAUGUGGGAAACGUUUCACUCAGUCAGCCCAUCUCAAGAAACAUGUCAACACACAGCACGUUCCAUAAAGUAAUUGGAUUGUUUAAAUAUUAGAUAAAUAUUCUGUUACAGAAAAUAUAAUGGUAUUAGGCCUGAUCACAACUUCAUUUAUGGAUAUGCUAUUUUUAAAAGAGAAAAGUAAAAGAUUAUUUUUUUAUAUUUUAACUGCAUUACUGCAUACGUUUUGUACAGUGCUUUAAUUGUUAACAUUUUUUUUUAAAUGUGAAGUAAAACGGGAUUAUUUUUCUAUUAAUUUCUCAACCAGUUGUAACUGUUGUAAUCGAAAUUAUUCACCCCCUAUUGAUUUUCUAUUAAUUUCUCAACCAGUUGUAACAGUUGUAGUUGACCUAUGGCUAAGCCACGCCCCCUCCACUCACUCGGACAAACAGUCGACAUUUGGGGACAGGCGCUAUGUCAGCUAUCACAGUAGGAGACAUUUCACAGGAGGCAAUUGGUGAUUUUUGGAGACAGAAAGAUUAUAUAUCAUCUCGAAGUCAC